AUGGAGGCCAGGAACGAGCUUGGGUUUCUUGUCUCCGGGAGAUAUUACAGCUCUGAUUUUGAUGUCGCGUCAAAAAGGACUGAAUUAAGGCCGCAACCCACGACAGUUUCUCCCUUAGUAGUAUCAACUGUCCCAAGCGACAGCAUGGGCUCUUCACAAUCCUCCCAUAAGCAGUCCAAAGAACGUAGGAGCAACGGUCCAAAUCUCCUCGACAUCCCACUAGAAAUUCGUCUUCACAUCUACCAUUACGUUCUCCUCUCACACCCAAUCCACCACGCUCAUUUAGCACCUCUCACCCCUCAACCAGACUUCUCAGGUCUCAACACUGCUGAAUUCCACACCACCAUGAUUCGCUCCAACGACAGCUCCUCCACUCCCAAAGAACUCAUCACUCGCUCCUUAAUCACCCAUUCCAGCUCCCUCUCCAACCCAACCACCACCUCAGAACCUCCCACCUCAUCUCAACCCAAAAACUCCUACACUUCCACCCUCCUCGCCUCCUCGCCAUACCCAACACCUCGAAUCCAAGGCCGAAUCCCUACAGCCUUACUCGCAAGCAACAAGCAGAUCUUCGCCGAGACGUCCCACCUCCCCUGGCACCGCAACACUUUCUCCUUCAUCAACUGGUUCUGGAGCGGCAUCUACGCCGCGCGGCAAUUCUCUAGCAAUUUACCCGCAUGGCAGAGAGAGUCGAUCCGGAAUGUAGCUGUAGAGGUCCUAGGGAAGGAUCUCUGGGUUGGCGGGAUGGAGAGACGUUCUCCUGGUGUGACUGGGACGGGUAGUGGGGAUGGGGAUGUGAAAGGCACAGGUUUGAGUGGGAAGCAAGAGAGAGGUGUGGGCGAGUGGAGAGAGUUAUGCGGACUUUGGGGUGGAGUUCGGAAUUUGAAGUUGACGAUUAAGGGAGGGCUGUUUGUCGAUGCUGGAGUGGCUGGUACUCUCACGAGCGAAUCUUCUGGGCAACCCGAGGGCAAAAUCUCGAUCCUUAAUACGGAUUGCGAAUGGGUAUCUCACGGCUUGCAAGAACUUAGCUCGCUCCGCACUCUGGAAUUGGAGAUCGAAGAUACUGACGUGCCAUCCGAGACCAAGAUGGCUUUUUGCGCUUCUCUGGAGCAGUAUCUCAACAAUGCGAGUCGAAGAAGUGGUAGAACUGAUAGCUGCGCGGGCGAUAUCCGAGUUGUUCUUGUGGAGAAAACGAAAGUCGUGCAGGAUUGCAAGAAAGACAAAUUCGUGUAUUACGGAGGCGAGCCGGGAGAUGAGAGCGUAUGGGCUGAGGAGACGUAA